CCGGUUGUCAUAGUAACCGCCCGCGCGGUCUGGCUCGGUGGUGAUGGCGCCUCCUCCUCACUCGUCCCGCUGUUCCGAGUCUGCGGCAGCAGCGCUGAAACAUCUGCAAGGCGUGGGAAAAGGAAAGAAAAGAUACAAUUGAACUGUUGGAAGAAGAGACCAUAAAAAACUGUAAUCUCCGUAUCAGAGUCAAGAGAUUCCCAGCAAUUGUUAUGAAAGAAUUUGAAGAACUUGUGGCUGCUGCCCAUCGAUUUCAUCUUAACAAGUUAAGAGAAGUAGAAGCUUCUGUGAAUGAAACUAUUGCUGCAGUACAAGAGGUGUACACAAAGCAGAUGCUCUUUGAAGAACAAAACGAAACGCUGUGUGUUCCACAUGGGGUUGUCCUUAGAAAGCAUUUGGAAGGUAGAGCUGCUACAAAGUAUGAUAGUUGAACAACAUAAGGAGCAAGAUCAAACAUGGGAGAAAUAUGAUGAAGUUGUCCAAUUACUAAACCAGCAAAUGGCUGCAAGACAUUCUAUGAACAUUAAAAUAAAUGAACUUCGUAAUAUGACAAAAAAAGAAGAAGAAGAAACUGUCAUGGAAGGGAUUGCCAUUGAAGAUCUAAAGAAACUAAUGGCUAGAGAAGCUCUUCAGUUUAAAGAAAACAAAGCAUUGUUAGAGCUACAGAUUGAAGAACUUCGGGAAAAACUUCAGAUGAAAAAACAGGAGGUUGCAGAAAGGAAGACAGAAUUUGAAAGGUUGCUUAAAAUACUAUGUCAUUUACAGCAGAAAGUUUCACAUCAUAAUCGGAUUGUCACUGAUUUGAAAAAGGAAUUAGAAGAAAUGUUUAAAAACAUCAAAGAACUAAUAAAAGAGUUUGAGAAGAAAAAGGCUGAGAAAGAGGAGCUUAUUAAAAAAAAGCUUGGUCUUCAGGACAAUCUAGUUUCAUUAGAUGCAGAUUUUGAUGAAGACAAAGAACAUUUGCUACAGCAGCUAGAGGAGAUUAACAGGAAACUACAAGAACUUCAGGAAGUCUAUCAAAAAGUCAAAGAGGAAAAUGAUAUUCUUAAUAUGCAGUACCAAAUGUUAACAAGUGAAGAAGAUCAUUUUCGCUCUGAAAGAGACAAGCUAACAGCAGAAUUUGAAAAGUUAUCCAACUGGCUCACAGAAAGACUUGACUAUAUGGCAAAGCGUGUAAUAGAGACAAAAAAUACACAGGAUGAGCUGGAUGAAAUCCAGGAUGUAUAUGACUCUACACAUAGUAGCUAUGCAAGAGAACUGGCACUUUUAGAAGCAUCGUUGAAAAAGGAAAGUGAUAAAAGAGAUGCGUUUCAGAUCGAACUUAACAAAAUUACAACUGUCUUUGAAAAUUUACUGGAAGCCAAUGAACUAUUUCUGAGCGAAUCAAUGCAAAACCUUGAAGCUCUGAAAAAAUCGUAUAAUAAGUUAAAAAAGGAGAAUGAACGUCUCAAUAAAGACAUAAAGAAGUAUACUGAGCGUCUGAAACAUCUCACUUCCAAACUGCAAAAAAAAGAAGCCUAUUAUAAGAAACAUGAUGCUGAAUUAACAACAGAAAUUGAAAAAAUUGAGGAAGAAUACAACUCUAAAACAAAACGUAUGGAAGAAAUGGAAGAAAAACUACAAAAGAAUGUUCCUCUCGCUGAUGAAUUGCAAAAAGAAUUAGAAGAAAUAAGCACCAAUUACACAAAACAAAAGGAAAUGUAUAAUGAAUUACGAGAUGAAGAAAGCGCACUUAAAGCAGGCAUAGAGCAAUCAUUAAGGGAAAUUACGAGACUUGAAAGACAAAAGAUAACUGCAAAGACUGAACUCAAGAGGAGCAGAGAGAUAGCAUUUGAGCAACUGACAAGUUCUACAUUUUCUGUUAAGUUUAUUGAGAGAGACAACUAUGAAAUAGAUAGAAUGAUCUUCAUUUUGAAGGGAGAGAAUGCCCGGUUAAGAGCUGGCAUUGCAUAUCUCAAAGAAGAUAUCUCCACAAUAGAUGAGGAGGCAAAGAUCUAUCAGUCAAAGAGGCAACAAAUCCAGAGUGGUAAAAAAGUUCUUUAUGAAUUGUUUGUCAAGAAGUGGAUAAAGGAUGAACAUCUACAAAAGAUAUUUUUUAAGUACCAGCAUGAGCUCCUGAUUAUUCUGGAAGAAUAUGUCAGAAGAAAUACAAAGAGAAAUAUUAAGCUUGACUAUGUUCAUGAAGGACUACAGCUAAACUAUGAAGAGAUGGAUUCUCUGUUAAGAAGCAAAUCUUUGCCAGAUGCCGACAAAAUCAAAACAGACUACAACACCUUAUAAACUGAAGCUAGAAAACUGAAUCUUUUAUUCUUCUAUGAAUAUACAUUCAAAGAUGUGAGAAAAUACUGUGCUGUGAAAUCAAUAAAUAAUACUGUUUUCAA